GCGAUUGACUUCUGUGAGAGUAACUUUGAUCCAAAUGAAUUGUACUUGGUUGCCAUUCCGAAAGUCGCUUAUGAAGCUGAGUCUGUCGCCUCUUACCGUGCACGCGUAGCUCUACUACAGACAGACAAUCAGCCACAAAAAUUGGUAGCUGGUUGGUCACCUACUGCGGAUGAGACUUUGGUUUUUGGUACAACUGGCGCCGUGACAAGAACGGAGUUAGAUUUCGAACUUAAUUCGGGUGGUAUUGGGCCACAACGGCGCGAGCAAAGUGGUGUGAUUGGUAGUAGGUACCCUAAUCGCAGAUUCUUGUAUCGGUGGAACGAUGUUGAUGAUCGAUCACGGCUACACGCUGAUACAACAAGAAAGCAGACACAUCAACUGCUAGCUGAGCAGCAGCGUCAGGGAGAGGAUCAAAAUCAGAUAGAAGAUCAGCGUCUCACAGCAACAGAGUGGCAUCAAGUGAUUGAAGAGUUCGGGAGUACGUUGAGACAGUAUGCAGCGACAGCCAGGUGGGAUGACGGCGUGCGAAAAUUUGCUGGAAAACUAGAGAAAAGCCUACUGGUUCACGCGUCCGUGGCUGAAAAAGAAGCGGUAGCUGGACAACAAAGCGGAUUUGGCACACCGACUACGCCGAUGCUUUACUUAUGAAUAGCAGUUGUCGUUGUGACUUUUUUAGAUGCUGAAUCAAGUAGAAGAUUCGUGAGUUAAGCCUACCUGGGAGUUUGCUUCUAAUCCGCGGAUCACCUUCAGAUCAUUUUGACUCCGAUUUCACGCCGCGUGCUGGAUCAGCAAGUGGGGUAUCAAGAUUUAGAGUGCGGGCACCAAUGUUAAGAAAUCAGCUAAGUCAAGAUUCCCCAACAGUCGCUAACAACAGUUCAGUUACAGUCACUACGAAUACGACUACGACACCUCCAGCAUCAACAACAUCAUCGACCACCGCAGCGUCCACAACGACAGAUGAAGUUGUCCCUAGUGCAACACGAAGAGUACCUGCUGGAGCCGAAUUAGGUGAGCUAUCCGG